CAUCAUUUCCAGUUAUUAGUAGCUUGCUAGUGCCUAGGGUUUAGUUGAUAGAUGAUGGGUUCAGAGAAUAAUAUUAAUGGUAACGAUGACAACAAGCUUUUGCUUGGGGUUGGGGUCCCUUUCAUGGCCGCCGCUUCUGGUAGCAAAACCAAUCAGGUCUCUGUUGCUCAGCCGCCGCCGUUUCAAGAUCCGGCGGCGCUCAAUAACCACACUUUUCUUGCAACUAUGCAGUUACCCUCUUCAUCUCCGCCUCCCGGGAAUUCCAUGAACAAGGACAACAACGGAGCUUAUGAUCUGGGUGAGUUGGAUCAAGAGUUUCUUCUUUUUCUCGGCGACGCUCAAGCUCAAGAUCCCUCCUCAUCAAGCCAUGACCAACGACGACGUGCAGAGAAUUAUGAUGGGAUGAGGCCACCAAAUACUCUGAAUAUUUUCCCCUCACAGCCCAUGCAUGUCAACCCGUCAUCAACUGCGGAGGCAAUUGCUGGAUUGGUCGUCUCUCCGGAUACGCCCGAAGCUUCCAACAGACCAUCCCUGCCGUUAAUGGAACUUUCCAACCUUAAAAACAAAGCUGUUGUUGCUUCGGCUUCAGCUUCUGAUCCUCCCAAACCUCUUAAGCUGGAAGCAAGUGGAAGUCGUAGAGGUUCGACUUCAAGCGGAGACCGUCACUGGAAGACGUUAAGGAGGCUGGCGCAGAAUAGGGAGGCAGCUAGGAGAAGCAGGCUUAGGAAGAAGGCUUAUAUUCAACAGCUAGAGGAAAGCAGGAUCACGCUCAUACAAUUGGAACAACAAGUGGCAAGAGCCAUAGCUCGAGGAGUUCGUAUUUCUGAAAAUGGCAGUAUAGUUGGGGCUCAACAUGGGCAUCCUCUUUCCAUGACCAAAAUAACCCCUGAAGCUGCAGCUUUCGAGAUGGAGUAUGGUCGGUGGGUAGAGGAGCAACAUGGGAUGAUAUGUGAGCUCCGAAACGCAGUUAUUGAUGAGCAUGCGUCGGAGAUUGAUCUGAAGAGGUAUGUGGAUGCGUGUUUUGCACAUUAUGCAAAGAUGACGCAUCUCAAGUCCACGCUGGCAAAAUCCGAUGUUCUCUAUCUCGUCUCCGGCAUGUGCUGGACUCCCGUCGAACGCUGCUUCAUAUGGAUCGCCGGUUUCCGCCCAUCUCAACUUCUCAAGGUAAUUAUGAGGCAAUUGGAGCUAGUGACAGAGCAACAAGUGUUGGGGAUGAUUGCACUGCAGCAAUCAACCCAAGAAGCAGAAGAAGCCUUGUCACAAGGCAUGGAAGCUCUGAAUCAGACAAUCUCUGAUAUUAUUUCUUCUGAUAAUGCACUGUUCUACCCUUCCAAUCUGGGUACCUGCAUGGGCCAAAUGGCUGCCGCCAUCACCAAUCUCUGUACUCUUGAGACUUUUGUUAGACAGGCUGAUCAUCUGAGGACCCAAACACUCCAAAGGCUGUAUCAGAUCUUGACAAUCCGUCAAGUAGCAACCUGCUUUCUCAUCAUUGCUGAUUAUUUCCAUCGUCUCCGAGCUCUCAGCUCGCUCUGGUUGGGUCGCCCUAGGUUGGACAUUUGAGGAUGAUGCAUGGAUGUAUAUAUAUAUGUUCAUCAUCCAUAUAUCCGUCUAUACAUAUCCCCGGAUCAUAUGUAUAGCAAAAAAAGAGAAAACUGUUGAGCUAGAUAGUUAUGUUGUUUUCUCUUUUGUUUUUGGUUGAAUAGCCUCUGUAUGUGUAUGGGCUAUAGUCUAUAGAUAUAAUAGACAGAUAUAU